AGUCGCGAUUGUUAUCAGGUGCAUGUCGGUUAUUUUUUUAUUCCGUGCUCCCGUGACCGAAGUGUAGUGACAGCAGUGUAUGUGCGAUGCCCGGACGGUGAUCAAAGCAUGGUGAACUACGUUAACCCGCUCGCCAUGUACCAAGGCAAAGGCGGGCAGUACGGUGCGAGCGGCUGGUACGGUUGGCAACCGCAGAACUUUGAAGAGCAGCAAUGGUGCGCGUGGAACGGGGCGCCGGCCGGGGGUGAAUGGGUGCCGGAUCCUCACCAUUUUCCUAAACGGGAACCGGGGGAACGGGAGAUCGGGGAGAUGCCGUCGCCGGCAAGAGGGGACCUCGCGAGCCCCGGCGAAGGCUCGCCUGGCUCGAGGCCCUCGCAGCCGCCGGCCGCGCCAAGAUCUCCUUAUGAGUGGAUGAAAAAACCCAACUAUCAAACACAAACGACGCCAGGUAAAACAAGAACGAAGGACAAGUACCGGGUGGUGUACAGCGACCACCAGCGGCUCGAGCUGGAGAAGGAGUUCCACUACAGCCGGUACAUCACGAUCCGGCGGAAGGCCGAGCUGGCCGCCAGCCUGGGGCUGUCCGAGCGACAGGUAAAAAUCUGGUUCCAAAACCGGCGAGCCAAAGAGCGCAAACAGGUAAAGAAACGGGAGGAGGUCGUGAUGAAAGAGAAGGGUGACCACGCGUCGCUCCAGCACGCGCAGCUUCACCACGCGACCAUGCUGCACCACCAGCAGAUGAUGAACGGCAUGAUGCACCACCACCACUACCACCAGGGCGUGCUGCAGGAACCGCUCAUGCCGGGCGUCCCCCCAGUGCCCCUUCUGUGACCCCACGACGACUGUGCUCACUACGACUACACCUAGUGACUGUGAGGAUUGACUGUGAAUCACAAUUUUCUCUUCGCCAUGAUCUACGUAUUGUGAUAAAUUAAGUGCAAUGCUCUUGCGGGAUUAUAGUUAUGCCAGUAGGCAUGUUUGUAAAUCAUUAAUCGAAAUGCCUUUUUAGAUGUAAGUUUUCACGCUUUAACAACCAGGAGCCUAGAGCUUCGUCAGUUACGUUUGAACACGGGUUCUUUUGCCUGUGAGGAAUCCAUUUUAAUCAGUGACAUAAGUUAUUUGUACCCUAUGGUUAGAGAAACCGUAUUCAAAUAUGAAUACCUCUUGUUAGUUUGUACUCAGAUCCUCGUUCACGCCUCUAAGGUGUUUAUGGUCUGCCUACCCGCGAGACUUCAGUGCGGAUUAUUAUAUAAGAAUUGUAUGUAUAUCUUACCUCUUUCAACAUUGAAAGAUAUAAAAAAUUGUAAAUAUAGAUGCCUAUAUUUUUUUAUUACAUAGUAUUAAUUUUUAUAAUCAUUUCUCAAAGCUACAACUGUUAACCGCGUGAUAGUUGACAUUAUUAAUUAUGUUCGUAUUAUUUAAUUGUUUUAAUUGCAAGUUAUUGUCAGUCAUUUUACUAUCAUGGAUCAUUUAUGAUAGGUAUGAUAUCAUUGUAUUAAGUGAAAUUUAAUUUCAUCAUGAAUCUCUUUUAAGCUAUUUGUUAGGCCAGUACGAUAGAGGUGGUAUCUAUAAAAGCUUUGGUGGGACA